UGUGAGCGCUCAUCUCUCCUCUCCUCCACCAGCGCGUCUUUUACUGUUGACACAAAAACUUUGAAGAGGUGAGAGCCGAGACGUCAAAACGCCGACAAAUCACCGUCGACAGCGCGCAUCAACAAAGAGAAAAGGGGGGUGAAAAGAAAAGAAAACCAUCAAGUCCGAGGAAAGCGGUGGAGCCGGGAGAAAGAGGGAGCUAUGCCAUCUCCCGCCGAGCAGAGCCCAGUCCUCCUGUGUUGUGUGUCGGAGCUGCAGCAUGGUGUCUCUCUCUGGACUCUGGACCUACUGCCUCGCCCCCGGGAGACCCCAUCUCCUCUUCCUCUCCGCCCGACCGCUCCUGCUGCUGCUCUUACUAACCGUCCUCACCUCCCCGGAGCCGUGCUUCCCGCACCCGCAGCCUUGCCACAUCCUCGCCCGGAUCGGACACACCGUGCGCCUCGGCGCGCUCUUGCCGACCCGCCAGCCGGCACGGAUACAAAACGCGCUCAACCGCGCCCUGGCUAGCCUCCGGCACCAGAGCGGUGGGGCUGACUCCUCCACCACAGCCUCCCAAACACCUCCCCUGCUGCCCUACAACCUGAGCCUGGAGAUGGUGGCUCGAUCGCCCGCGGGAGGGGACCCGGAGUCGUUGUCCCGUAGCGCCUGCCAGGACCUGGUGGUCAGGGGGGUGUCCGCCGUGCUCGCCUUCCCCCGCUCCAGGGAGGAGCUGAUCCAGGUGGAGUUCCUCUCGUCUUUCCUGGAGAUCCCCUUCAUCUCCAUCCUGGAGGACACAGAGCCUCUUGUGACAAAGAACCGAUUCCACCUGCAGAUGUCAGCCCGCGUGCCUCCAUCGACCCUGGGCAGCCUGCUGCUGGCGGUCCUGCAGGGUAGAGAAGGGGACAGGGACAGAGGGAGCCGUGGGGAAGGCAGCUGGGGAGGAGCAGCUGUGAUCUGCCCCGGCUGGGAGGAAGGGGGUGAUGGGUUGCUGUCUCACCUGCAGGCGCACAGCGGUUCUAACUGGCAUUUGUGGGACAUUAUCAACCUGACCAUCAUCUCCGGCGGCGGCGGAGAUAGAAGGGGGGAGGCCAGCGAGGAGAAGAAGGAGGAUCAGAAGGAGGAGGAGGCUUUAAAGAUCCUCUCCACCCGUUUCCUGCGCUCCCCCUCUCCCAUCUCCUCUGUUCUCCUCCUGGGCUCUGACCCCGAGUGUCUCUCCUCUGUCCUGCGGGCCGCUCAGCGCCUCGCUCCGACUCUACCAGCACUGCAGUGGAUCAUGGGAUAUCCCUUGUCUCCAGAUUCACUCCACACUCUAGGAGGACCUCUUGGACUGUUAGCCUACGGGGAGGUGGGCCGCAAGCCAAUCAGCUUCUACAUCCGGGAUGCUUUGCAGUUGAUUGGCCGCGCGGUCGCUGCGGCGACCAUGGUGAGGCCGGACCUGGCGCUGAUUCAGAACAUGGUGAAUUGUUUUGACAAACCAAACAGACAUGAGCUGCCCUCUUCGGGACAAUACCUGGCCAGGUUUCUCUCCAACACCUCCUUCACCGGGGCAACAGGCUUGAUCCAGGUGGAUGCUGGCCUCUCUCGGGUCCUCUCCUCCCAGCUGUUCCACGUAUGGAGCCUGAAGAGGGGCGCUCUCGGGCAGCCCGCCUGGGUGACUGUAGGCCAGUGGACCCGAGGCAGACUGGAGCUAGAAGGAGGGAUCCUGGGACUGGUGGGAGGGUUCGGGAGCAGCCAGGGACAAGGUCUUGGAGCUGGGGUGAGAGGAGGGGACGGCCAGGGCGACAGUAAUGCUGGAGAACGCUGGAGACCUGGAGUAUCCGUUGAGGGACACCGCCUGAGGGUGGUGACGCUGGUGGAACACCCGUUUGUCUUCACACGGGAGGUGGAUGAAGAUGGAUUGUGUCCUGCUGGUCAGCUGUGUCUGGACCCCAAAACCAACCGGUCCGACUUAAUCCAGAGCCUCUUCAACCAGCUGCACAACCCAAACACUACAGUUACAGACUGGGAGGGCAUUGAACUACCGGAGGACCUGAGGAAGUGCUGCUACGGAUACUGCAUUGACCUGUUGGAGAAGCUGGCAGAGGACAUGGGUUUCACAUUUGACCUCUAUAUUGUUGGAGACGGGAAGUACGGAGCAUUGAGCGGGACGGGACGGUGGACAGGGCUGGUCGGGGACCUGCUGAGUGGAACCGCUGACAUGGCUGUCACCUCCUUCUCCAUCAACUCUGCCCGGAGCAGAGUCAUCGAUUUCACCUCGCCCUUCUACUCCACCAGCCUGGGCAUUCUGGUUCGGAGCCGGGACACUGCAGCACCCAUUGGAGCCUUCAUGUGGCCUCUCCACUGGUCCAUGUGGGUGGGUAUUUUUGUCACGCUGCACCUCACCGCGCUCUUCCUCACCUUGUACGAGUGGAACAGCCCCUUCGGCAUGACGCCCCAUGGCAGGAACAGGCUGCGCGUGUUCUCCUACUCCUCUGCCCUCAAUCUCUGCUACGCCAUACUGUUUGGACGUACUGUCGCCACCAAGACUCCUAAAUGCUGGACCGGGCGCUUCCUGAUGAACCUCUGGGCCAUCUUCUGCUUACUGGUGCUGUCGAGCUACACUGCAAACUUAGCCGCAGUCAUGGUCGGGGAGAAGACCUUCGAGCAGGUCUCGGGAAUUCACGACGAGAAGCUGCACCAUCCAUCCCUGGGCUUCCGUUUUGGGACGGUGAGGGAGAGCAGCGCUGAGGAUUACAUGAAGAAGAGCUUCCCGGAGAUGCACGACUACAUGAGACGCUUUAAUCAGCCCACCACCCCAGAAGGCGUACAUAUGUUGAAGACAGAUCCUCCUACCCUGGAUGCGUUCAUCAUGGACAAAGCCCUGCUGGACUUUGAGGUGUCCAUCGACGCGGAGUGCAAGCUGCUCACUGUGGGGAAGCCGUUCGCCAUUGAAGGCUACGGUAUAGGCCUGCCCCAGGGCUCUCCUCUAACCCGCAAUGUGUCAGAGUUCGUGAGUCGCUACAAGUCUGACGGCUUCAUGGACAUGCUACAUGACAAAUGGUAUAAGGUGGUGCCCUGCGGGAAGCGAGUCUUUGCAGUCACUGAGACUCUACAGAUGGGGAUCCAGCAUUUUUCAGGCCUGUUUGUGCUGCUGUGCAUGGGGGUGGGUGGAGCCUUGCUGACCUUGGCAGGUGAACACACCUUCUAUCACCUGGUUAUCCCUCGCCUGCGACGCACGCACACGCUGCAGUACUGGCUGCACACCAGCCAGAAAAUCCACAGAGCCCUCCACACCACGUAUGAGGAUGUCGGGAAGGAGCUGACCGACCUCGACCAAAACCCCUCCUCUUGUAUCUCAGAGAACUGCACCCUACACAGGAAGCAGCAUCACCCUCCUCCCCCCUCCCCUCCCACAUCCCUUCCUGCUUCCACUACAGCUGGAGACACCUGUAACUCCUCACCGUCCCAUGAGCCCAAGGAGAAACGUGUGCACUUUGACCUGGAGACCCUUCACAGCUACCGCCUGCGCACACACACCGCCUCUGUGCGAGGCAGGCCCGGUAUGGUUGGCCGUCCCGGCCUCGGCUUAGGAGGGUGGGGGCUGGGCACCCUGGGGAGUCUUGCCUCCCCUCCACAGAUUAGCCUCCAUGCUAACGGGGGCCCUGUCUCUGCGCUGGCUUCCUCAGGCUUGAUGCUGGCCCCCCUGGGGAGCCGGGCGGCUCAGACCAGCCUGUGGGAGGGGGAGCUCCAGGACCUGCAGGGGAAGAUCGAGACCUUCCGCACCCAGCUGAGAGAGGCCCUGGCCAGGAGAGCAGAGAUCCAGAGCAGCCUGGAGAGAGAGAGGAGCGGACUUGUACGCAGGGAUACCAGCCUGGAGAGGGAAAGACAGAGGAUACAAACUAUUAACACAGACAGAAGUAGCUCUACGCAGCCCAAACUCCCUGAGAGAGACAGGACCAGCCAACUGCAAACCCUGAACAAUCAGCAGACAGGGAGGGCUAACCAAUCAGGCGGUCCUGGGACUCUGGAGCACGGGGGCAGGAGCAGCCAAUUAAACACUGUUAACAGUUUGGACAGAGGAAGAGCCAACCAGUUACGCUCUGUUAAUACAUCGACGGGAGAAAGGACUGUCCAAUCACGCACUUCCACCAGUUUGGAGCGAAGUCGAGUCGUCCAACCAGGUGCUGGAACCAUAACUGUCCAGUCGCGGAACACUUCUAGCCUGGACAGACAGAUGGCUAACCUAUCACGCACUCUGAACACUUUGGAGAGGACAAAAGCCAACCAAUCAAGUGUAAGCAGCAGUGGGACUUGAUUGUCUUGAUGAAGCUUCGCGGUGUGUAGGACUGCGGAAUGAGUAGAGGAGCAAAUUGGUGCUUGCAUAGCCGUGGGAAGAUUGUUGGAGUGGGUCAAGUUUAGGGGACGCUUGCUGAAAAACUGACAGUAUAUGUUAACUCACACCAUUACUUACUGCAACCUAAUAAUUUUCACACUCAGAAUUGUUUCCACACUCGCUUAAAAUUCCAACUAAAAAACUUUAACUGCGAUUCAAGGACUCGUAAAAUGUCUACAUUAUCCAUGAAAUCAUAAAAGAAGCAAUGUAAUCUUGUGGGAAUGAAAGCCAAUACGACUUCAGCAAGAUCUCAGUAUACUUCCAAGAACCAGAUCAGAAAACUGGGAUUAGCCAUGGCAACGUGGGUAAUCUGACAAUGCUAAAAUCACUGUGCUAACUGAGGAGACAAGUGGUUCAGGUGAGGAACCAUCAGCCACAGCUGUCUGACAAACACAAAUAUCACCUGAAUGAAAAAGAGGCCCAUUACACUGGUGAAAGAGGCCUACAAGCACAUAGAGACAUCAGCGCCAAGAGCACAGAAGAGUCAAAUUUAGCCCAAUGUGACAAAACAGCAAACGAAUAUAGAGAUACAGAUGCAAAAACCUAUAUAUUUUAAAUAAUAAUGUCCCUAAAAUGUGAAUGACAAAGGAAGGAAACUGUGAA